UCAUUGCCUUCCGCCUUUGCGUACCAACUAGUAUCGCGAGAACUGGAGCUAUUCACGAGGAGAUCUCGCAACUUGUCUAUGGUGGCCGAGCAGCCUGACCAAGUCAAGUCCAUUCCUUCGCCAGAAAGCUCGGACAAGUGAACCCAAAGUGGCAGUGAUGCAGUCUGCGGAGUCUCUCCUACACAGUGGCUACUUCCACCCCACGCUCAGAUACUGGCAAACCUGCGCUGCCGACCUGCGCCCCGAAAACCUCAUCUACCCCAUCUUCAUCACUGACAGUCCGGAUGCAGUCGAACCCAUCGGCAGUCUGCCUGGACAGGCCAGAUAUGGGGUGAAUAAACUGGAGGAAAUGCUGCGCCCCCUUGUGGAAAAAGGUCUGAAGUGCGUUCUGAUUUUUGGCGUCCCAGCUAAAAUUGCAAAGGAUGAGCGGGGCUCGGGCGCUGACUCGGACGACACCCCUGCAGUGCUGGCCGUGAAGAAGCUGAGAUCCGCCUUCCCUGACUUGCUGUUGGCCUGUGACGUAUGCCUGUGUCCCUACACCUCACACGGACACUGUGGAAUACUGAGCGAUGGUGGAACGCUGGACAACGCGGCGAGCUGUAUGCGUCUGGCUGAGGUCGCGCUGGCGUACGCUCAAGCAGGCUGCCACAUCAUUGCCCCGUCGGAUAUGAUGGACGGGCGGAUCGGGGCCAUUAAGCAGGCCCUGCUGUCCAACGGGAUGGGGAACAAGGUGUCUGUGUUAAGCUACAGUGCCAAGUUCGCCUCCUGUUACUACGGUCCCUUCAGGGAUGCAGCCCAGUCCAAGCCAGCGUUUGGGGACCGUCGAUGCUACCAGCUACCACCUGGAGCUAGGGGACUGGCACUGAGAGCAGUGGAGAGGGACGUGAAGGAAGGGGCUGACAUGCUGAUGGUGAAGCCAGGACUGCCUUACCUGGACAUGGUGAGGGAGGUCAAAAACAAGCACCCCAGCCACCCCCUGGCUGUGUACAACGUCUCGGGCGAGUUCGCCAUGCUGUGGCACGGGGCGCAGGCUGGGGCCUUCGAGCUCCGCACCGCCGUCCUGGAGUCCAUGACCGCCUUCCGCCGCGCCGGUGCUGACAUCAUCAUCACCUACUACACACCUCAGCUCCUCAGCUGGCUGAAGGAGUAGAUGGACGGAUGGACAGAUGGACGGACGGACACACAGCCUGUACCAGUCACACAAGCUUUGCCUGGGGGGUGGGGGAUUAAAAUGUCAAUCGGAUUAUCAGUAUGGCUGGACAAUCAAACAAGAUGUAACCCGUAAACCAUAGAAAUAAGACCUCUUCUUUCCUGUUGGUUGGAUUCUGGGUAAAAAAAAUUACUUUAAUUGGCAUUUGUGACUACCAAAGCAAGUACUGUUCACUGCGUCAUACUAAAUGAAACAGUUUGGUCAAAAUCUGUAUCGCUCCACUUUCUGUGGAUGGCAAGGUGGGAGAGAGAACAUUUCUUAAUGGUAAUCUAUACCUGUGGAAUAGUCUGCUGUGGACUGUCUGACUUGUUUAUAGGGCAUUUCUGUUAGCAAAACUGGCACUGUGGCAAAGGGGGAAAUAGCUACCUGGUUCUAGGAUUUCCUCCUCUGUCCAGGAAACUGACACACUGGCACUGACACAUGUUUGAAGGUGCUUGAUAAAGCACAGGUGAAUUAGCUGGUAAAGCACUUCUGUAGAGUCCAAACUGUGAGUUCUUUCUUAGGAAGAUGCGCUUGUAAGAACUACAAAAUAUCUUUGUUUUAAAAAAAACAUUUUUAUUUUUAUUUUUAUGAAAAUAAAAUCAUGGUUCAGUGAGAAGGAAAUAAAUCCACAAUUGAAAGUAAA